UCGCAAACUUCAUUCAAACGGGAUUUUUCUCUCUGACAGUCACAGACGACCAUCGCGAGCGCGACGAAGUAAACACGAUUUUCGCCAGUAAAAAGCAUAAUUUCAGCACAAAAUCGGUUGGGAAAAGUCGAAAUUUUUCGUGAAUCGAAUAGUGCGCGUUGUGCGUGAACCGUUUCGCGUUCUUUCCGCCGUGGAAUCGAUUGGGGAGGUGUGAUUUCUCGAGUGCAAAGUCCAAGACGAAGAAAACAUCGAUUUCACCACGCGCGAUUGCAUAAACACUUUUGCCUGGUGGAAUUUUGUCCGGAACGAGCAAGAGAACCUUUGGCCGUUCCGACGGCCGGAAGAGGAUCGUGGACCGAUGCGGCUGCAACCAUGUUGCGAGAACUGAUCGCCUGGGUGUUGAACAACUACCUCGGGAAGUACGUCGAGAAUCUGAACACGGCCCAGCUGACUAUUGCGUUGCUGUCUGGUCAAGUCGAGCUCGAAAAUCUCCCCCUGCGCAAGGAUGCCCUGCGAAGUUUGGGUCUGCCGCUGCAGAUCGUCAGCGGCACCAUCGGCAAGGUCAAACUGACCGUUCCGGUGCGACAGUUCCGGACCGCGUCCUGGUGCUUGAACAUCGACAACGUGAACGUGGUGUGCGGCCCCAUUGACCUGAACGAGUGGAACGCCGACUUGGAGCAGCAAACCGAGCUGGACUUCAAGGUGGCCUCGCUGGACCGGUUGGAGGCAAAGUGGCGGGCCCAGCGGGAGACUCCCGUUACGGAGGGAAGUUAUUACGCGUCGUCGUACUCGGGAUGGCUGAGCUACGGGACGUCGCUGGUGACGAAUAUUGUUGAGAAUUUGCAGCUGAAGGUGAACGGGAUUCACGUGCGGUACGAGGAUGGGUUGACGAUUCCGAACCAGCGGUUUGCGUGUGGAGUUCACAUUGAGGCGUUGUCGGCGCAGAGUUGCGACGCGAACUGGGUACCAGGGCAGACGUCCAAUUGGAGCCAACAGCAGGUCACGUUCAAGCUGGUCGAGCUGACGAACUUUGCGUUCUACUGGGAUCCGCUGGCCCAGGGCGAACAGGUGUACGUAAUUAAUCCAAUCAGCGCCAAGGCCCAGCUGAAGCGCGACCGGAGUGAAACGCCGCUGCGGACGCGGAGUCGACCCCGGCUGGUGUGCGAUUUGAUAUGGGACGAAAUUAAAAUAAUGCUUAGUGAUAUCCAAUACAAUCAGAUGAUGCAAUGCGUCCGCGGGCUGGACGAUAUCGCCCGGUAUCGUCGGUUUAAGCUGAACCGGCCGAGCUGUACCGUGGGGGAAGAUGCGCGGGCCUGGUGGCGAUACGCCGUCCGAUGUCACGGCCUUUUGCGGCACUCGCACGCGGAUCCGUUUGUGAUUGCCAGCGAAAACGUGCGCUACAUUGCGGUUUACAGCCGGAUAUUGGCGAACCCGAACGAGGUGUUGACAAGCGAGAGCAAGAACUUUAAGGAUCGAAUCGAGCGGGAGCGGGACUUUGACGAGUUGAAGCUGCUGCGCGAAGUGUGCAUGAUGGGGAUGCCGUCGCUGGACAAGACGGCGCCGCCACAGAUGAACCAAGGCAAGAGCAUGUUGGUCCAUUUCUUCCCCCAGUGGUGGGGCUGGUACGGGAAUAGCGGUAGUAAUAAUGUAGAAGGGACUUCGGAGGGGACUCCGACGCAGGAAGAUAUGCCACAGGAUGGGGGGCAGUUGGUUGAGCGGGAGAGCUGGGUUCAGGAUCAGGACCUGAGUCCGGUGAGCAGCUUCGAGGAUGAGAUUUUGAACGCGCUGGCCGAUUCGGUUGAUACGAACUCGUUGCUGAAGCGAGACGCCGUUUUUGGGCGGUUCAACUUUGUUUUGAGACGCGGCACGAUGGACUUUUGCAGUGCCAUGGAGAUGACGCCAAAGAUGCAGUUUCAGUUUCAAAAUCUGAAGCUGGAUGUGGAGACGAGGCCACGAAGUGGUUCGCACUAUCUUAGCUUAUCGUUGGGAUCGAUUCUGAUCAAGGACCUGCUAACGCCAAACUCGCAAUUUCCGGACCUGGUGAAGCCGCAGGACGAUUUUGCUAGCAAUACCAAAGGAGGAUCGGGGCCGAACCGUUCGCGGAGUUUAUCGCUUCAGCAAACCACGUCGGAACCGAUCUUUGAAGUGCAAUACGAGCGAAAGCCGCUCUCCUACGACACGGACUACCGGCUGAUGGUCAAGUCCCAAUCGCUGGACAUUGUGUACAACACCGUAGCGGUCAAAUGGUUGGCGGAUUUCCUGACCAAACCUCAUCAGCAGUACGACACGCGGCGCAAGCUGGAAGAUAUGAAGACAAAGACCAAAAUGGAACUGAUGCGCAACUGGAAGAACAUCCUCGAAGGUCACCUCAACGCGAGAAAGACCUGGACGCUGGAGUUUGACAUUUUUGCUCCGCAGAUCAUCUUCGUAGACGACGUAGCCGAUCGACAAAAUAGCACGAUCGUAGUGAUUGACUUUGGCCGACUUCAGCUGACCAACGGGGAUAAAUCCUUCCCCGGGACGGUCCCAACUAACCAGCCCACCUCCACGGCUGAUCCGCUGACGGAAAACGACGAAGACGAUGCGUUCAUGACACCGUGCUCUACUCCUCCAGGUUCGGAAGCGAGCACCACCAACUCACCAACGCUAGCGUCCGCCUUCUCCGAACUCCCGGAACUAAACGGAGUCAACGCGGACGCUCUAGACGAAUACGCCCUCUACCAAAAACUGUACGAUCGCUACCACAUCCACCUGACCGACCUGCAAGUCCUCGUAUGCCGGGGAAAAGAACGCUGGAACUUUGCCAGCAACAAGGGAACAUCCACGCUGCACGUCCUCGAUCGCUUCAGCAUAUCACUGCAAGUCGAACGACGAGCCGUUUACACCAGCGAUCCGCAAUAUCCAAGCCUAACCCUGUCGGGAACCCUCCCCAAACUCAACGCACACAUCAACGAGUACAAGGUGCAAUCCGUACUGACCCUCAUCAACCUGCUGACCAAAUCCAAUCCCACCCCAGACGCCCCAGACCCAGCAGAACCCCCGUCAACCAACACGUCCAACACCCUCCAACCUCCGUCCGACGACGAAAGCAUCACCGAAAACAGCUACCGCAAAGAAUCGGCCAACAUCGUCGUGUUCCAGUUCACCAUCGAUCAGCUCUCGCUCGAGGUACAAUCGCGGGGACGAUCCAUCGCCGAACUGCAGGUCUCCGGCGUCAAGGCCGGCUACAGCAAACGACCCGAGGACAUCACGCUGACCCUCUCCGUGCACGGCCUCCUCCUAGCCGACGCGAUGCAAUCGUUUGGACCAGACUUUGAACUGCUCAUCGCAAGUCAUCGCCACGUCGGCAUGGACAGCUUGUCCGGUAGUCUGCGCCAGAGCGAACCCUGCUCCCCGUGCUCACCCGGGUCGCCCGACCCGAACAUGGAGUACCGACGACCCACCAGCCCGCUGACGAUCUCGAAGGCGCUGAACAAUCUGCAAAAAGAGGUCACUAAUUCUCGUACCUGGAAUGCCGCCCAAUUUGGUGAUCUAGAUGCGCUCAUCACCGUCGAGGUCAUCUUCGUCAACAGCGACAAGGUCGGCGACAAUCUGCAGGUCGCCAACAUUCAGUUCAACAACCUGGACAUCAUCGCUAAUCAAGAAACGAUAGUAGAACUGCUAGGAUUCGUCAAGCGGGUGAUCCCUAAAGCCCAACCAAAACCGCCCGAACAAACGGGACCAAUUCCGAGGCCGGACGACAUCCGGGCUUCAACGGGGUCACUGACAUCAACCGUCGCUCCAGACCCAGUUCCCCUAGCAGAAUCAACCAACCCGGUUCGCACCGAAAUCACGUUCGACUUUCAUCGGCUGAAUGUGCUGAUUCUGCGCGCGUUGAUGCGCGACAACUACAUCGUGGGACGCAAGGUCGGCACGUUUACCAUGUCCGAAGCGAAGAUCCACGCGUCGCUCGGGUCAUACGUGACCGUCGAGGGUUCGCUGGGUGGACUGCAAGUGCUGGAUCUGACCCCGGAGGGAAUCAACCACCAGCGGAUUCUGUCCGUUGGUAAGGAUCCGUUGACGGACCCGCCGGACAUUCGACCGGAACCGGACCUGGCGACGGCGCUGGCGCAAGAAGUGUACGGAAUACCGGCGAAGAACGGGCUGGACGACCUGCACGAGGAUCGGCAGGCCCUUUCGUUUUGUGUGUCCAAAGACGUCAACGCGGUCAUCGACGUUCGGGUCAAGAUGGCCUCGGUGUGGUUCAUCCAUUGUGCGCGGUUCAUGCAGGAACUGAGCUGGUGCGCGACCGAGUUCAAGCACUACCUCAAGAACCUGGCUCGAUCGAUCCGCGAGAAGGCGACGGACAUGGCGCUCGGGUUGGUACAAUCCCGGAGUGACUUGACCAGCAGUAGACCGGAAAGCAUCUACAACUCGCCGCGAAGAGCACGGCGAAAUCGUACGGUAUCGCUGUCCAAGACGCAGGAGGUGCUGCUCAACUCGGAGUACACGCUGAAGGUAGACAUUACGCUGGAGACGCCGGUGUUGAUUCUGCCGCGAUCGAGCAGCAGUCCGCAAGUGUUGGUCGCCCAUCUGGGUCGGAUAACGGUAAGCAACACGCAGGAAGUGGACAGUCCCGUAAGUUCGAGCAAGAUCAACCUGACCACGACCGUGUACCACGAUGACAGUCCGGAGGACAAAACGCUGUACAAUCUGAGCGAUUUGGACGGGAUCUUCGAGCCGAUGAACACCGACAACGAGUCCAGCAGAAUUCGCUUUGCCAAGGAGGACUCCAUGGAGUUUAUCGAGAGUGUGGCGACGCAUAACUUCGAUCUGUACAAGAUCGACAUAAAAAACAUCAACCUUUAUUCGCUGGACACGACAAACAGGAAGGGGUUCCGCUUCUCGGCACUUCCGCGUGCGGAGGAAUUUUACUCCUGCAAGGAAAACGCCAUCCCGAUCAUACACGACACGAUCUUCUCGUUGGAGAUAUCACGGGACACGUCCGAGGUUGACAGCGAUGGGUUCAAGAUUUUUGGUUGUGUCGUGAAACCGCUGAGAGUUUCCCUUAAAAGACAACAGUACGAACAGCUGCUUGAAACGGUAGAUAACCUGUUCAAGAUCCCGAAAGAUUUGGUGCGACCUCCCACGGAGUCGUCGUCCCUUAGCCGACUUCCGGAAAUCAUCGAAGAGUCCACGUUUACUGCGUACCCGGACAAGGUCCGCCGCGGUCUCAUGUACCAAAGCAGCUUCGAGGAGCGACCCUCAUCGCUAAAUUUGAAGGUCAACUUUGAACUACCCGCGUUCAUCAUUCAACUCAACGACAACCACAACGAGCCGCAGAUCCAGAUCUCAUUCCGAGACUUUUCGGUUGAGUUCGAAAAACGCAACCUGUACGAGACUCACGUCAAGAUUUCGCUUCGAUCGCUCAUGAUGGAAGAUCUUCUACAACCAGACACCGCGAAGAACCGUUACAUGGUGGUAACCUCGGACAACGACCAGUUCGGACGACCCACAUCUUCAUUUGCAUCACACUCCUGCCCCAACCUGGUCGGUUUGCUGUCCUCCGUUGAAGAAAUGCCAAACUCACUCCCAAACAACCUGGCCGACAAAACCGGCUUCUGCUUCCUGACCGCAAACAAAUCCCUCUGUCCGGACACUCCACCCCCGUCACCAUCGGUCCAAAGACCACACCAACCAACCGACGGCACCGCCGAAACCAACCUAGUCAUCUACACCUCAGUCAUGGUCGAUCCCGCCUGUCCCGCGUUCGCCACCCAGUUCAACUCGAUCCAACAGUCCAGCUCGAUCGACUUCAACAGUCUCGACUUGAUCGUCUCCGUCGAGAGUUGGUUCGUACUACUCAACUUCUUCGGUCUCCUCAACGACGAAGAAUCGUCCAACGCGUCGCACAAAACCUCCUCCGAGCCCGCGUCCCGCGAAAAGGCCCCCUCGUACGGCCACUCCAAGCUGGACAUCUCGGUGCGAUCGCUCUCGCUGGUGCUCGCCAAGCCCAGCUACGAAAUCGCCAAGGCGAACGUCUCCAACGCACAGUUCAUCGUGUCCAAGCGCAGCCACGCCAAACAGGUCGAGGGCAAGCUCGGCUCGAUCACGCUAAGUGAUCUCACGCCGCACGGGUUCAUCUACAGGGAAAAGUUCACGACCACCGGCAACGAGGCGCUGAGCUUUGUCUACACCCGGGACGAGAUGAAGUCGAACGCGCGGAACCUGCAGAAGGAUGCGUUGCUGCGGAUCGAGAUGUCUUCGGUGCGGUUCGUGCACACCAAGCGGUUCAUCGCCGAGAUUCAGCUGUUUUUCAAGGAGUUUUCCCAGCUGCAAACGCCCGUCAUGCGCAAGAUCAAACCCACGGACGCACGGGCCUACCUGAACCAGCGCCCCACCCAGCUCGGGCUGGAAAUCAACGCCGCGGCACCGAUCCUGGUGCUGCCGAUGGCCUUCAACAGCGAGCAGGUGAUCGUGGCCGAUCUGGGCGAGUUCCGGCUGAACAACGAGUUCCGCAUGAGCGGCGACCCGGAAACGAUCAGCGUGUCGAGCAAUCUGGCCGUGCCGGAGGUGCUGGACGUAAUGCACGUGAACCUGUACAAUACGAACAUUUUUGCGGCGAGGCGUGUGGUGAAGCCGGAGGGUCCGCCGGGAGCGGUGCAGUUCGAUGACGCCGCCGUUGACAUGAAGUGCUACUGGCUGGUGAAGCAGGGACCGAGUUUGCUGAAGGAAAAGUGUCACCUGAAGCUGCAGGUCGAACGGAACAUGGACUCGUGGAGCAGUCAUUUAGUUCCGGAUAUCAGUGUGCACGGUACGCUGUCCAAGUUGGAAGCGGUGCUUGAUCUGCAGCAGUACCGGUUGAUUCGGGGAUUUCUCUCGUACAACCUGGGAGAAGCGCUGGAUGAGCUGUACCUGCGCCCGAUGUACAUCCCGCACAGUAGUCUCAGCUUGAACACGGACAGCGAACCGAUCGAGGAGGUUUGGAAGAAUUUAUCAAUUCAUUUGGAGCUGCAGGACGUGUCCGUACGGUUGGAAGCGCUGGACAAUGAUCAGAAGCCAACUCCGCUGGCGUGCAUCAACUUUAUCAAAUCAAAGCUGCUGGUGGACUCACUGAGCGAUGGCGCCCAGGACAUUGAUCUAGUUUCGCAGGAAAUUCUGAUCAAAGAUACGCGCUUUGACAAGCCGCGCUAUCCGCAGGAGAUUCGGAACGUGUUUCCUGACAUUCUACAACCCAUCGUGAGCGAUCCGGGCGAUGGCCAGGUGCAGGCAGAGAUUCACAGUCGUCGGCGCAAGGAUUUGACCAAGUUUACGAUCUUGCUGAACAAUAUGCGCCUGAUGGCGAUUCUGGACUGGUUGGAAAGUGCCAAGGAUUUUAUCCUUCAGCAGGAAGAUCAACCGCAAGCCGGGUUGGAGGUUCCAACGGGACAGCAGGUGAUGUCCGCGGAGCAAAGCAAACGAGCUCCGACUCCUACCGAGGAGAACCGCAUGGAGUUGAAGCUGAACAUUACCGACUCGGAGCUGGUGCUGGUGGAGAAGACGGACCAACGGGACACCAACGCUGUGAUAUUAAAGAGCACAACCGUAGUCUCGUGGCGCCCGUCCGAACCGGCCAAAACCAUGUCCAUCAACCUGAAUAACCUGGAGGUGCUUUCGUGUGUGCUGGGCUCCGAGGACGGAACGGCCCUCUCGAUCAUAGAUCCCGUCACGGUCAACAUGGACCUGCGCCGGGGUGUUCUCGAUAUCCAGAUGCAGCAACAGCUGCUCAUUCGGCUCUCGUACCACGACGUGAAGAUGUUCCAACGUAUGGUGGAGUCGAUCCCCCACCAGACGAAGAACGCCCGCGACAGCAAGCAGGCCAGCCUGGAGGAGGGAAGCACCGGCGGAGUUGAAGCAAGCACAGCCGUUGAGAAGCUGGUUCUGCUUGGGUUCAACCGGAGCGAUUGCUUGAAGGCCCUGGAGAAGUGCAACUACCAGAUCGACGAGGCCGCACUUUGGUUGACGCAAAACUCGGAACCGCAAAAGUACGACGCGGGACAGCCGAAAGGAAACAUGACCAUUGAGGCGAUUGAGCUGAAGGCGCCGUGCAUUUCGAUUUGCGUGAUUGACGAUUGUCGCGACGCGGACGUUCCGUUUGUGGAGCUUUCGUUGAGUAAGUUGGAUCUGCGGCAAGAAAUGGGCCAAUGUACGGCUGUGUUUACCAACGGGAAUGAGCAGGAAGGAAGCACGGCGGUGGAAGCGUUCUCGACGACCUUCGCCGGGUUCAAGGCGGGACGUAUGACGGGAGUGUUUGCUAGUGAUUACUACAAUCGCUCCUUGAGCGGAUGGGAGCCUAUGAUCGAGCCAUGGAAGGUGGAAGCUCAGUGGGGUUACAGUUUGGGUCAAACCGGAGCCUCCAGAAAUAGACUUAAUUUGAAGAUCGAAAGCAACGACACGUUGAGGUUGAAUAUUACCAGCACGCUGAUUGAUCUGUACCAAAUGGUGAAGGCGAACUGGGUUCAGGACUACUACAACUCGAGUGUCAACGCGGCCAACAAAAGUCCGGUAAAUUACCGACGAAGAACUCCUUUCGUUCCGUUCGCAAUCAAGAAUGACACAGGCGUACGAUUGUGGUACAUCACGAUGGUCUCGUCGGACACGUUACGCAGCAGUGCCCUGACCGUCCCGGACACCCAAUGGACUAUGGUAGAUCCCGGAGGAGUCUCGUGCUUCUCUUACGCAACAAAGGGCAAACAGCGCCAUCGUGACACGCACAAAUUUAACCUUCACCAGAUCGGAGUACGCGUCGAAGGAUGGCAGGAGGUGGGACCAGUUUCGGUAGAUCGCGUCGGAACCUACUUCCGACACGCCCGAGCUGACCUCGUUGACGAUUACUCACAAACUCCACGGGCGCGAAUCGUGUUUGCCGUUACGCUGGAAGGUUCCGCCCAAAAGUUGAUCACCGUACGAUCAGCCCUCAAACUCACCAACAAACUGGACAACCCCGUGCUGGUAAAAAUGGAACACCUGUACGGUCACCUGAACAUCCGCAACUGGCCAGACACCAAAACUCAAAUCCUCCACUCGAGCGAAGUUCUCAACAUUCCACUGACCCACGUGCACGCGAUCCUCUACUUCCGACCGCUACCGUCGAACGUAACACUGCUGGAAGACGUUACCACCGGCAGUGCCAACCAAUCCCGCUCGGAAGAGAUGAGCAACUCCAGCGACGGUUGGACGCUGCUCCAAAAGUUCGAGGUCCACAAGUCGUUCAACAACAACAAUGGAUUCCAGUUCACCGACAAGGGUAUUCGAUGGAACGAAGCGCACGAAACGGGAGAGAUCUACCAGGAGUUGCGCACCUGCAGAGGUCUACGGGAAAGGUCCUACAAAAUGCUCGUUUCCGUGCGGAAGGAAGCGUAUCCAGCGAAAGACUUGGUCCUUCUGCCGGGACACGUGAUCACGCUGUGGCCACCACUUCGUGUCCACAACUUGCUUCCGUGCGACCUCCUCUACAAGCUACCCUCGGGCACUCAAGGACGAAUAUCGUCGUCGGAAACGGCCAAGAUCAACGAAGUCGACAUGGAGCAACCGGUUACGAUCACCAUCACCCUGGACAGCUACCCGGAAUCCGGUCAAAUCAGCAUCCCCGCAGGCUUUUACGGAUCCACCGAACUGGACGUGCGACUCUUCGACACCAAAGCUCGAAUGCUAAAACUGAAGGCGUUCAUCCUGAUCGUGAAAGGUCGUGGCAUCCAGAUAUCGAUCAGUGCCCCGUUCUGGAUGGUCAACCGAACUGGACUUCCGCUCGUAUUCCGGCAGGACGAUCUGGACGGUGAAAGUGCGGGUCAGUUUUCCGAAAACGAACAAGCCCGCAUGGUUUCACCGUUUAUGUUUGCCUUCUCCGAUCCGUCAAGUUCGGGCUGUGUGACGAUGCGGCUGGGUCGAAGGUUCGGCCACGCAACUAACUGGUGCCAACCGUUCAAGCUGGAGCAAGGUAUCAAGCAUCGACAGCUGGUCGGUGGCAACGAGUCGUUCAUCAUCGGAAUUGAGGUGCGGAGGGCAAGAGGUCGCUAUAACCAGACAUCGAUCGUGACGUUUUCACCGCGAUAUCAACUCUACAACCGCAGCUCGUACAAGCUGCAGGUGCUGCAAAAGUGCUUCACCGGAACGGUGUACGAUCCGGCUGCCAAGUCAGCCUUCAUGGAGGCCGUUCCCGGGUGUCACAUUGCGUUCCAUUGGCCACGGCUGGACAAGGAUCAUGAGUUGUGCGUUCGGUUACCCGAGGUUCCGGAAUGCCUCUGGUCAGCUGGAAUACCCAUCUACGAAACGCAGAGCUUAUACAUAAACAUCCGCACGGUCAACGGUGCGAUGAACUUUCUCCGACUGGAAACCCUGCUGCAAGGCGCCACGUACUUUAUGAUAUUCAGCGACGCACAAUCGCUUCCGCCGCCAAUCCGGCUGGACAACUACUCAGAAGUGCCGAUCAAGUUCCACCAGCCAGCGUUACGUAAUCAGUUCAAAUCAUCCGUACGACCGCGUAGCUCGAUCGCGUACGUGCUGGACGACCCCCUCGGGAACAAGUACCUGCAGCUGGAAGCACCCGGCGGUGAUUUUGAGAACUGUUCGCUCAACGGGUUCGAGAACUUCCGGUUGACCUACGAAAACUUCAUCUACAUUGCGUUCAGCCAGACGUUUGAGGCCACUCCGUCGUUCGAGUUUGGAUCGGCUGCCAGCGACCUGGACGUCAAGUCCCAGCAGCUGGUGCUCGGAGUGGUGGACAAUCGGGUUGUGUUGGUUCGCAAGCAAGCUGGCGAUCGAUCGCAACUGUGGCGCAUGAAUCAUGAAAAGCAACUCGAGCACGAAGGAUCAUCACCGCCGAGCGAGCCGGGCAAGAAACAGGCCCGAUUUGUGCUGGAUCUAGAUCGACCGCCACAGCCAAUGCAGUUUAUCAAUCUGGUCGUGCGACCUGCCAAUCGGCAACGCAAAUCAACGCAGACAUGGCGCUUCACCGAGGAAGGUCGACUUAUGUGUGAACAUUCGAACAUGUGCGUCCAGGCUCGUGGAGGCAUCUUCGGUCUGCAGUCGGGAACGGAAGCCGUGCUUGGAAUGUGUGUCUCGGAGACGAAAACCUUGAACCGGUUCGGCGUGCCGUACGAUCAAGCGAUCGAGCGACAGAAGCUGCGACCUGGAUCGGGUUGUCUCUCGGUAAGCUAUCGCAUGGACGGUCCGAUCAAGUGCGUACAGAUCAAGGACGUGAAGAACCUGACGGGUGGACCACUGGCGCUGGAUUCGUCGUGGAAGCACGUGUCGCACAUCUUGAACGAUCAAUCAGGUCGCAAGUCCGUUGACGAGCAGAGUCUGCUACACGCACAGGAGAAGCACGAGUACUACGUGGUGUUGAAGCUGAGAAAGGGUAUUGGGUUGUCGCUGAUUUCGAAUCAACCCUGCGAGGAGCUUGCGUACGUAAUCUUGGAGGACAUCAACAUGGAGCUCAUCUCAACGCCUUCGGUACUUUCGCUCGACUUUAGUGUCGGAGACAUGCAGAUCGACAAUCAACUGUUUGAAACCACCUGCCCAAUUACGCUGUACACUUUGAGUCCGGCUUCGGCGAGCGAUUCUCCCAAUCGAACUGGUUUAUCUUCGCUGCAACUCAACGUCAAGCUUCUUCCUAGUCCCAAUACCAACGCGAUCAUCUUUGAACACUUUAUCCUCAGUAUACGACCCGUUGCGGUCUAUCUGGAGGAGCGACUAAUUCUUCGCCUGAUUAAGUUUACCGGUUUGGCCAAACCUAACGCAGAUCCAACGGCGCUUCCCGACGAGUCGGACUACGAGGCGCAGAAGAUCGUGUACAAGGUGCUGGACACCAACGUCAAGCGGUAUUACUUUGGUGAUCUGCAGAUCGUGCCGAGCCAGAUUCGGCUGAGUUUCAUAACCGCAUCGAAGCUAUCGCCAGAAUUCAACGACAUUAAGCGGAACCUUGGUUUUACGUUCAUCAAGUUCGAGGACGCGAUCAUCAACUUUGAAAAAUUUACUCACAAAUAUCACUUUGAGACGAUGGACGCGUACUUGAAUGCCAUCAAGUCACACUACAAACAGGAGUUGAAGUGGCAGGCCGCGUCCAUCCUGGGAUCGGUAGACUUUCUGGGGAAUCCACUUGGAUUUGCGAACGAUCUUACCGAAGGCGUAUCCGGACUGCUGUUGGAAGGAUCUAUUUCGUCGCUGGUGAAGAACGUCACGCACGGAAUUUCCAACUCGACCGCGAAGCUAACGGAAACCAUUUCCGACGGGCUGGGCAAGGUCGUGUUUGAUGACGAGCACGUCGAGGCACGUCAGAAGAUCUUAGACGUGUCUGGAGGUAGUGGCAGCACCACUGGCGAUCAUCUGGUGGCAGGGUUCAAGGGAUUCACCUUUGGACUGCUGGGAGGAGUGACCAGCGUCGUUAAGCACACGUACCACGGAACGGUUAAUGACGGGUUCUCCGGGUUUAUUACCGGACUUGGAAAAGGUCUUGUAGGAACGGUUACGAAGCCCGUCAUCGGGAUGCUUGACCUGGCAUCGGAAACGGCAAACGCCGUGCGAGAGCAAAGCAAAAGUUCUAGUCGAAUUCUACCCGAACGGAAAAGGCAUCCGCGGGUCGUAACCGGAGCACCCGGUGGUCUGUUGCCACCGUACUCAAACCUACAAAGCAAAGGCCAGCAGUACCUGUUCCUGAUCAACAAGCGCAACUUUAGUGAACACUUUAUGGCAUACGAACCAUGCCUGUUGGAUACCAAAGAAUCAAAAAUGCGUCUGCUCGUGUCCGCCGAGAACGUGUGGGGCUUCUCCAAAAAUGACGACACAACGACGAUCGUGUUUCACUACCGGCUUAGCGAGAUCAUCUCCUGCCAUCCGGUGGUGAUUCCGCCGACCGAUCGCUCCACCGGUGCUACCGAACACAGCUCGCGCAGCAAGAUGACCACGUACAUCGAGUUCUGCUUGGCACUCCCUUCGAAAUCGCUCACGCCGAGCGCACCGGAAAUGGUCAAGCGACCACGUGUUCGCUGCCAAAACGAGGAAAUCGCCCGCAAAAUUUGUCAUCACAUCAACUUCGCCAAGUGCAUCCACGACGAACGUGAGCAAACGCUCACAAACACCCUUAUUGAGUCGUGAAAUCGUGAAUCUUUGUUUCGUCCCCAGGCCGAACCAUCGUCAUCCUUCGUUUGUGGUAGAAGUAGAUGGGCACGGCACCGGAACUGAAGUGUGCGCACGCAACCGUUGCGCACUGUACUGCAAUUAGACGUUAGCGUUUGCAAGGAACAAAAGGCAUUAAUGAAAAGGGGUUUAUUAUCUUUUCGUGCUUCUUUUGGAGCACGAUGUUGAAGGUUUUUAUCGGGGAGAAAUGGGGAAGGGGUUAAGGAUAGGGAGGGGAGCGUUAAGGCCGUGUCUAUUUAUUAAUUUAUAGUUUAGCUUUUUUAGUAUGAAAUUAAUAACGAUUUUUAAAAUCCCGAACAAACUCCCUUAUUGUUGGAAUAAAUUAUAUCAAAUGUGA